AUGGCUUUCCCGGCGUCAAAUUCACAAGCCGACGUCACCAAAAAGAUUCUGGAGGAUAUUCAAAUUAAGAAGCAGCUUCUUCAGAAAGGUGUAAGUCCGGUCACUUCCAAUAUCGGAGCUACACCGGCUGGUCUAACAAUUCCUCAGUACGUUCAGGCAACAACCCAAUCUCAAGCCAAUCAACCUGCUGAAAGCACUAUUAACGCUACAACUAAGGCGGUUUACAAUCAGGCCCUCAGCCAAUCUUACGGGUUCUUCAUUCCGCAAGACUCGCUGUUUGGAAAUAGCAUCAUACCGGUGCUGCCGCGAUUCGAGAACACUCCCACAACCGGAACUGGCUCGGCUGCACCAAGUGGUGGUAAAUAA